AUGUGGCCGGACUGGUUAAGAUCGCCCUCUAGAUUUCCGUCCUCCCCAAGAACACAACCUCCUUCACCAAGAUUCCAUUGCUCUUCUUUCAAAGAUAUCCAAACUCUCAUCAUUGAAGAACCCGAACCCAUUUCUCCCCGAAAGCCCUCCCUUUUCCACCGGGUCCGGAUCUCUACUUCGGUCCUCCGUACAUGGGCCCACCGCAAUGUACACCCGUCAAUCAGACAGUCAAAAUCACUGCCGCACCACCAUGAUCCACAACACAUCAUUCUGUACUUCACUAGCCUCCGCAUUGUCCGCAGGACUUUUGAGGAUUGUAGGUCCGUCAGAUCAAUCCUCCGUGGAUUUUGUGUCCCAAUCGACGAACGUGAUUUAUCCAUGGACGGUAUGUAUUUAGACGAGUUACAGGAGAUUGUUGGGUCGAAAAAAGUUACUUUACCAAUUGUUUUCAUUGGAGGAAAAUAUAUUGGUGGGGUCAAGGAGAUUACGGAAUUGCAUGAGAGUGGAGAUUUGAAGAAGCUGAUUGGUGGAUUACCGCUGGCUAAUACCAAUGCCUGCGAUUCAUGUGGAGGGCUGAGAUUUGUUCUUUGCGGACGGUGCAGUGGGAGCCACAAGAUCUACACUGUCAAGCAUGGGUUUAAAGACUGCACUGGUUGCAAUGCCAACGGUCUGAUUAGAUGCCCCUCUUGUGUUCCUUUGCGUCGAGGCGCAGAUCAUCUUAGCCCCAGAAGGUCAAAUAAAAAUUAA